CCGCACUUUAAGAGACGGUGCAGGCAGCGGGGCCUCCAGGCCGGCGAGGGGAUCCGCGCCAUGGAGGCCGCCCGGGACUAUGCAGGAGCCCUCAUCAGGCCCCUGACAUUUAUGGGAUCACAGACUAAGCGAGUCCUGCUCAGCCCGCUCACGCACCCAGCUCGCCCUUUCCGGGUCUCCAACCAUGACAGGAGCAGCCGGCGUGGGGUGAUGGCAAGCAGCCUGCAGGAGCUCAUUAGCAAGACUCUGGAUGCCCUGGUCAUCACCACUGGACUGGUCACUCUGGUGCUGGAGGAAGAUGGCACCGUGGUGGACACAGAAGAGUUCUUUCAGACCUUGGGAGACAACACGCAUUUCAUGAUCUUGGAGAAAGGACAGAAGUGGAUGCUGGGCAGCAAGCACGUCCCCACUUGCUCACCGCCGAAGAGGUCGGGAAUAGCAAGAGUCACCUUCGACUUGUACAGGCUGAACCCCAAGGACUUCAUCGGCUGUCUUAACGUGAAGGCCACCAUGUAUGAGAUGUACUCCGUGUCCUACGACAUCCGGUGCACGGGACUCAAGGGCCUGCUGAGCUCUGGAGACUGCGCUGCCGCUUGGGCGACCGGGGCUGCCAGGGUUUCCGGAGGGAACGGCCUCCUGACUGCGCUGGGCUUCCUCCAGGUGAGCUCAAGACACGCAGGGCUUCCCUACGGCAAGCCGUCCAGGCUUUCUUCGGAUGCAGGUGGCCGCAGAGCGCUCACGCAGGGUGGAGAAGGACGCGAGCUCCCCACGCUGCCCCAGGGGAUGGUGCAGAGGCGUCCUCCCUGUCGGCGUCCCCGCUCCACAUUCCGGCAUCCUCGGAACAGCCGGCACAGGCCGGGCGCGCGUCAGCUGUCCGGCCGCAACCCCCUGCAGGGGCACUCCUUGGCCUGCUGCUGCCAGCCAGGCUGCCCCAGACGCAGGCGCUCAGGGAAAGGCAGGGGCCAGCCCGAGCUGCCGACCCAGCUGCUCCUCCGAGCAGAAGCCAGUACCGGAGGUGGGACUUCUGAAUGUGAAAGGCGGGAUCCUCUGCUGGGGCAGGACUUGGCCUCCCUCCGGGCGCCCACCCUGGAACUCUCUGAGCCCUGGGCCUGCACCCAGCGAUGUGGGCCCCACCGCCUCCCUGCAGCAAGGCCUCACCACCAGCACGUGUGCUCCCGCCAGCUCGGGGAGGGUGACCGCUUGGAUAUGCAGGGAGAGCCUGCCGUCGACAGCCAGCCUCCAGCGAGGGCCAUCUUGCCUGAUUCACACACCACCCUCAGCGUUGGGUGCUCUGGGAUCCCACGUUACAGAUGA